UAAACAGACACACGUUGAAGAUGGGGCAUUCAGAGGAAACCUCGGACGAGAUUAGAGUGAAAAAGAUGGAUAUUUUAAAAGAUUUCCAGGUGUUGUUUUUCUCUAUGAGUCGUCUGCCUUCAUUUCCCUGGACGUUCCUCGAAAAAGACCUUCAAAACAACAAAUCAACAGAUUUCAUUUCAGAUAUCCUGAAACAGACGUGUCUUCACUCUCUGUGCAGGAAGUUUCCUCCAUCACUCAGAUACAGGCGGCUGUUCCUCUCUGAGCUCAUCAGACGGCAGGAGGCUGCAGGCUGCGACCCUCUGGACGAGCUGUACGAUGCUCUGGCUGAGGUGGUGGGAGCUGAGGACUCCACCGAGUGCUACAAGAGCUACUUACUGCCCUGUGGUGACGCUGUGAGUCUGUUGGAAAACGUCGCUCUGAUCUCAGAGGGAACCACUGGUCUGGUGACCUGGGAGGCCGCGCUCUACCUGGCUGAGUGGGCCCUGGAUCACAAGCAGGCCUUCACCGGCAGGACGGUGCUGGAGCUGGGCAGCGGCGUGGGGUUGACCGGUAUCACCGUCUGUCGCUCCUGCAGCCCGAACAGAUUUGUCUUCAGCGACUGUCACCCCAGCGUCCUGCAGAAACUCAGAGCCAACGUCCAGCUGAACGGGCUGAGCGAGCAGACGAGUCCCACGGUCAGAGUGGAGGAGCUGGACUGGACGGGGGUGACGGAGGAGCAGUUAAAAGAGAUCGGGGCUGACACCGUCAUCGCUGCAGAUGUGGUGUAUGACCCCGACGUCGUGGGAAGUCUGGUGAAGCUGCUGUCCAGGAUCCUGAGGUGUUCCUCCUCUCCUGAAGUCCUCAUCUGCUCCACCAUAAGGAACCCGGAGACUUACAGCGGCUUCAAGCAGCAGCUGGGAAACGCAGGAAUCAGCCAUGACGUGAUCACAGGACCCGUCAGCCACGUGUUUCCCUACAAUAGACUCUCCUCCAUAGAGAUGAUUAAACUGUACAGAUGACUCCAC